AUGAAGGGCUUCAGGCAAAGGGUCUCCGAACAGCUCUCUCGAAGCAAGGAUAGCAAGUCAUCUAAGAAGAAAGACUCCACCUCUGGAACUGCAUCGCCGUCGCUGGGUGCCUCCAACUCGCCCUCGGGCUCUGCCCAGGCCACGCCUUCCUCGUCGCAGACGCAGCUCACCGAUGCGCGCAGCAAGAGCCAGCCCGCCGCCGAUGGCGCUUCGGCCAACAUUGGGUCGCUACAACAGAACCCCCAGCCUUCGUCAGGUUCGCUCGCGGGUGGGCCUCAAUCUUUUGGUGGACAGGGCAUGAUGAGUCCCGGUGCUGCUGGUAAUGCCGGCGCUGCUGGUCCAGGCACGCCCUCUAGGCUGGGGCAGCCCCUGGCACCCAGCGUCGUGAUCAGCCCAAGCGCGCCUCACCCACCUCCUCCUGGUGCAGCCGAGACGAUGCCUGGCGAUCUUGCGCCUCCCAAGGCGGGCGCGAAGUCGGGAAUAUUUGACCGUCUUCAAGCGACGCCCAAGGACAACAUCGAGGGCAUGAGAACCCCGAAGAGGCAACACUCAUCACGCUUCGACAUCUCGGAUCAGCGUCAGCGUGAACUGGAGAAGCUCCCCGGAUUCCAUGAGGUGCCCCCGAACAAGAGGGAGGAACUCUUCAUGCAGAAGAUUGACCAAUGCAACAUUAUCUUCGACUUCAACGAUGCUAGUGGCGAUAUGAAGUCUAAGGAGAUCAAACGUCUGGCCCUGCACGAGCUGCUCGACUAUGUCGCCAACAAUCGCCAGGUCAUCACCGAAAAGAUGUACCCUCGCGUCGUCGAGAUGUUUGCGAAGAACCUGUUCCGACCCAUCCCACCCCCUAUGAACCCCCAAGGCGAGGCCUUCGACCCAGAAGAAGACGAGCCGGUGCUGGAAGUAGCGUGGCCGCACAUACAGGUCGUCUACGAAUUCUUCCUCCGCUUUAUCGAAAGUCAGGACUUUAACACAAACAUCGCCAAAGCAUACAUAGACCACAGCUUCGUGCUCAACCUGCUUGAGCUUUUCGACUCUGAAGACCCUAGAGAACGCGACUUCUUGAAGACUACGCUCCAUCGCAUAUACGGCAAAUUCCUCAACCUCCGCUCCUACAUCCGCCGUUCCAUCAACAACGUCUUCUUCCAAUUCAUCUACGAGACGGAGCGCUUCAACGGUAUCGCCGAGCUUCUCGAGAUUCUCGGUUCUAUAAUCAACGGGUUUGCCCUGCCACUAAAGGAAGAGCACAAGCUGUUCCUCACCAGGGUGCUCAUUCCACUGCACAAAGUCAAGAGUUUGAGCAUGUACCAUCCACAAUUGGCGUAUUGCAUUGUCCAGUUCUUGGAAAAGGACGCGGCAUUAACAGAAGAGGUAGGGACAUACGCCAGAUCCAAUAGGCUAGGCUUACACGUUCAGGUUGUUUUGGGUCUUCUCCGAUAUUGGCCAAAGGUGAACAGUACCAAAGAGGUCAUGUUCCUGAACGAAGUCGAAGACAUCUUCGAGGUUAUGGACCCUGCCGAGUUCGCAAAGGUGCAAGAGCCGCUGUUCAACCAACUAGCCAAGUCAGUCGCUAGUCCCCACUUCCAGGUCGCAGAGAGAGCACUGUACUUUUGGAACAACGAGUACUUCUGCAACCUUGUUAGCGACAACGUCGAAGUUAUCUUGCCCAUCAUGUUCGCGCCGCUAUACGAAAACUCAAAGGGUCACUGGAACCGAACAAUCCAUGGUAUGGUGUACAAUGCCAUGAAGCUUUUCAUGGAAGUUAACCCGCAACUCUUUGAUGACUGUUCGCAUGAUUACGCUGAGUCACAAAACAACGCGACCCAAAGACAGCAAAGUCGACAAGAUCGUUGGGACAAGCUUGCCAAGCUUGCCGAAUCACGUUCAAACGGUACGGCAGAGAAAUCAGCAGUCGACCCAAUGCGCAUGGACGACUCGGAGUCACGAUUGGAGAACCUCCGCCUGCAGGACGACGGAACAGCAUCGAGAGAGAGGCGGCCAAAGGAAUAUGAGCGUCAAGGCAGCCAAACCUCGGUACGUUGA